ACCGUGCACUACAAGGUGUUUCUGAAAACAUUUGAGUAGUCAUUACAGUAACAGAAUAUGAAUUCAUAUCUGAUCAGCGCUGCCUAGUUUGACCGUUAGUUUGAUCGGAGUUCAGGAGUGAUUGACGGCUGCCUCCGUAGAAUGGACAGCCAAUAGGAACGCUCUCUCUCUGAAAUGACCUGUGAUUGGCCAGAGUCUCCUGUCAGAGCCAUGAGGAGGUGCAUAAGUCUAGUUUUCUCUCAGAACACAAUUGAAUCUAAGUAAUUAGUGGAAAUUCCUGAUAUUUCUCCAAAUCCACAAGUUGUAAUGUGUGCUGACAUUUUUUAAAUCAACAUGAUGUUAAAAUGCAGAAAACACAGAAGCAUUUUUUUUUAAAAGGGAACAAAGCAACAGCGACGUAAACAAGAGAAUGUGUUUCUGAGAGCUUCAUGAUUUUCAAAUAAAAACAAUCUGGCAGGUGAAAGUCAUUGUAGCUUACUAACUUUAGAUCAUAAAAAAAGAAGGCAUUGUCAGCAACUCAAACCUCUGGAGUAACAUUUGAACGAUGAGCGCCAUCUUCGGUGAUGCGAUUAACGAGAUCCGUCUGGAGGGAAAGCUGUGCGACGCCCUGAUCAGAGUCGAUGGCGUCGAGUUUAAAGUCCACAAGAUCAUCCUAUGCAACUGCAGCUCAUACUUCAGUGAUCUGUUCUGCGGUAAAUCAUCAACACCAGAGCAGCAGCAGGUCUACUACUUCUCCCAGGUGUCAUCCAACAUAAUGACCCUCAUCGUGGAAUACGCCUACACCGGCUCUGUCGCCGUGACGGAGGAGAACGUGCUGGAGCUGUUGGCGGGAGCCGACUGCUUCGCUGUGAAGGGCAUCGUUAAACCUUGCUGCGACUUCCUGGAGCAGCGUCUUAGCUUCAGGAACUGCUUCCACAUCUGUAUGCAGGCGCAGUUACACAGAUGUCGCGAGCUGAGGCGUAAAGCCUACCUCUUCAUCUUGCAUUACUUUGAGGAGGCCGUGGGAUUCUCCCUGAAGUUCCUGCAGCUCUCUUUGCAGCAGCUGACGGAUAUAAUCGAGAAGGACGAGCUCAAUGUGAAGCGGGAGAGCACCGUGUUUGAGGCCGUCCUCAGCUGGAUCUGCUACGAUCCUGAGGAACGCCGGGGUCACCUGGCCAUGCUGCUGAGCAAGGUUCGUCUGCUGUUAAUGUCCAGUCAGUACUUGGUUGACACCGUGUGCACGAACGCUCUGGUGAGGAGUAGUGCGCCGUGCAUUGCCAUGGUGACCGACGCCAUGAAGACCCUGCAAGACUCCAAUUUGGAGAGACCGCUGACCCGCACACGCCUGCCCUCGGCCGUGAUAUUGGCUGUCGGCGGUUGGGAAGAUAAAUCUCCAACCAACAGGAUCGAUUUAUACGAUGUUCGAGCUGACAGCUGGGUGAGGGCAGACAUCAGUAACGCUCCUCGAGCGUUCCACGGUUGCGUCUUCCUCAACGGAUUCCUUUACAGUAUUGGAGGCUUUGAUGGUGUUAAAUAUCUGAGCAGUGUACAAAAGCUCGACCUCAUCACCCAAACAUGGCAAGAGGUGACGCCAAUGAACACAGUCCGAUGUUACGUCAACGUGGUCACGUUGAACGGCUGCAUAUAUGCCAUGGGAGGCUGUGAUAAUAAACACGAGAAACUCAAAACUGCAGAGCGAUACCAGCCUGACACCAGAGAGUGGACUCCGAUCGCACCGAUGCAUGAACGUAGAAGCAAUGCUGGCAUCGCAACACUACACGGCAAGGUGUACCUUUGCGGUGGUUUCAAUCUUGAAGAACCUCUGUCGACUGCUGAAUGCUACGACCCUCCAACCAACCAGUGGACGCUGAUCGCUCCGAUGGAAAGUGGGUGUAAUUCGGCGCGGGCCGUCGCCUACAAAGACCGAAUCUAUGUAGUCGGUGGCUACAGAGACGGCUCCCAUACGUGCAGAGUCCUUGCCUAUGACCCUCCAUCGAACCAGUGGAGCGCGGUGAAUCCCAUGAUUAACCCGCGGUUCAGCUUUGGCAUCGCGGUGCUGGAGGACCAGCUGUACGUGGUCGGAGGGUUCAACAAUCAGAGCACCAUCUGUGACAUGGAGCGCUACGAUGAAGAGACCGACACGUGGCAUGCCGUCCGGGACAUGGUGACGCCUCGCGGUGGCCUCGGCUGCUGCGUGGUGGAGCGAGACAUCUACGCGGCUUCAUGUCUGUCAUAACUAUCAUUUAUUAGUUUAUUUAUAUUUUGUAUUAAUCUGAAUCUGUAAAGUAAACUGAUAAAUUUG